AUGAGCGGCAACUUCGUGCCGUACCAGCCACCCCAGCAGCCUGUCUACUGGCAGCAGCAACAACAACAGCAGCAGCAGCAGCAGCAGCAGCAAGGAGCCCCAACCCCGCAGCACCCUCUGCAGCACCCUCAGCACCCUCACCAACCCCAGCAGCCCCAGCACUACACACCACAUCCUGGCUAUCCCCAUCCCCAGUCCCCGCCCCAGCAAUACCCUCCCCAUCAACAACCUCCCCCGCAUAAUCUCAACUCUGCCGCAUAUGGGCCAAGCCCCGUUGUGAAGAGCAACAGUCCUGUCGGCUUCAUUGCCGAACUCGGCGACACCGUCAUCCCCACGCCCCCACCCGAGCCGAGCCAAGACUCGGCCGGCAAUUCUGCCGGAUCGGCCAAUGCGGGUCCGCCAAAGGACGAUGACAAGCCCGUGCCAAGCCCCCAGUCGGCGCGGCCACCCACCAAUGCCAAUCCCUGGGGCUUUUUCCUCGACGAGAAGCGCCCUAACCCCGGUGGCGCCGCCGGCCCGGCCCUCUUCCGGGGCUGGUGCCGCUACCGGUGA